AUGUGCCUGACUGAAGCUUUCCAAUGUGCUAUGGAAACUGGAUUCAAUUACUCUAACCAGUGUGGUAACAGCGAGGAACAGCAGCAGAAGACCCUGCAGGAUCUCUGUACUAUAACAAUUACAUCCUCUGACAGCAGUUGUAAGAACCCCUCCUUUUCAGCUGCCAUCUUGGGAAUUGUAUGGGCCUUUCUUACCAGCGGAGUCCUGCUCAGUUUCUUCUUUCUCAUCUUCACAAUUCACUUCAGAAAGAACAGGAUUGUGAAGUUGUCAAGUCCAAACCUGAAUGUAGUGACCCUGCUGGGCAGUGGCUUGACUUACAGCAGUGCUUACCUCUUUGGAAUCGAAAAACAGAACUCAUUGACCAGACCAUCCAUGGAGAUGCUUGUUCAGGUGAGAGUCAGCUUGUUGUGUAUUGGAGUCUCUCUGGCUUUUGGUCCCAUUCUAGGAAAAAGCUGGCGAUUGUAUAAAGUGUUCACUCAGCGAGUUCCAGAUAAGAGAGUGAUUAUCAAAGAUUUUCAGCUUCUCGUGAUGGUGUCCAUGUUAGUUGUGGCUGACAUCAUCCUGCUUUUAAUAUGGAUCUUAAUGGAUCCAGUCCAGUGUCUUCAAAAUCUCAAAGCAGAUCUGAAGGUGACUGAGAGAGGCUUGACUUGCACAGUAAGCCAUGGACCUUUCUGUACAUCUCUACACUCUGAUCUUUGGCUUACUCUUUUUCUGGGAUUUAAGGGCACCCUACUGAUCUAUGGAGCCUACCUUGCUGGUCUGACAGAUGAUCUCAGCUGUUCACCAGUCAACCAGUCCCUCACCCUAAUCAUUGGGAUAGCUAUUAUUUUUCUCUCUACUGGCAUUAUACUUGUAGUGAAUCGUUUUUUCCUCUUGUGGCACAACCUAGUAUUUGGAUUUACCUCAGGAGGAAUCUUUGUCUGUACAUCUACAGUAAACUGUUUGAUCUUUAUUCCGCAGCAGGUCAGAAAAUGUAAGUCUUUUGAAACACAGAAAGAUGACAUGGCCAAGUAUUUUACCAGCUCAAGCAAGAACUUUCACUCUACAAUGUACAAGGAUGAAGAGAUUUACCAGCUGUUGGGGGAGAAGAAUUCCAUGAUGCAAUGGCUGGCAGAGAAAGAUUCAGCAAUAGCAAGCCUUCAAGAACAAGUGAAUAAUGCUAAGGAGAAGCUGAUGAGACUUGUGACUGCAGAAGACAACUACAAUGCCGUUGACUCUCAAUUUCCUUCUGCCUCCAACUCUGCAGUCAAUUGUUCUUACCUGGCAACUGACGACCCAACAAGACAUCUUUUUUCAUCUGGCCUCUCAAAUUUACAGUGCAGACCAAGAUUGUUUAGUGAAAAAGAUUUUGCUGAUGAUCAGGAAUGCACAAAUCUACAUCAACAGAACAUACUCCCAGAAAUUACUGCUGUGUACAGAUCACUGAAUGGAUACAAGGAUGUUGCUGGCCAUUUAAGUGCUAAAGGUGAUCAAGAUCAAUGGCACACUAGAUACACCACCACACUUAGUAUGGAUACCGUACAGGAACCACUCAGACAGUCUCUCUCCACACUGAGUGGAGAAGCAAAGCAGCCACCUGUGCCCCAGAAGCACCUCCCAGGGAUCAGCUAUGUGAGCAGUGAAAAGCUUCAAGAAAUCUUGCAAGAGCUAAGUAUGAACAACAUUAGUGUUACCCAGAUGUCUCCCGGGGGACCUGAGCAAAGUGCAGAUUGCGAAAUGUGCACAAUAUGGAAACCACAGGAGAUUCAGGCAGAUUUUAUGAAGGCUGGUCCUUGUAAGUUAAGACAAGAGAAGGAACUCCCCAUCCAUAUGCCUGGCCCUGUGACCCCUGAUACUUUGCAUAUUGUGAGCAAAACAACCAGCAGAAGGCAAAGAAGCUUCAGUGGAUUAACAGAAUUUCCUCAGACUGCGGCAAGUGACACCAAAGGUAGAGGUUUGUUACAUCAGCCACCGUCUUCGCCAUCACCAGUGCUUAAUAAAACACUUAACCACAAGAAUGAAAACUGGUUCAAAUGUUCAACCAAUGAAGGGCACAAGUGGCUGUUAGAUAAGCACCAAAUGGAGAAUGGUGUGUCCACGCUUUAUCAUAGCCGCUCCAGGAGCCUCCAUCAGCAGCAGAAUUUUCUGACACACACAGUAUUGCCCCCCCUUUCCUCUCAGCACUUUUGUCCUGAUUCUGAUUCUGGCAGCAGUUCCUCUGGGAGGGCAACCCACUGCCAUCACAGACAACGUUGUGAAGUUUGCCACUGCAGCCUAUCUUCCUCUAGUGAUAGCUGUAUCACAGAUACAGAUCCUGAACUUGAUAUAGCCCUAGGCUAUUCUGCAAAACAUUUUGGUAAACCUCAGCCAAUUGUGAACUUCCAUGAGGAUUUGGAGCCCACCUAUGUGUAA